CUUGGGCUUGGGCUUGACAUACUUAACUGUUGUGUUUCUCUGCGAGGCCUGCCUAGUCACCCGUCAGCUUUUCGUUGUCGCAGGUCGUACCUCCCCUCCAUCCCCCCCUCUGGGCUUGGGCUUGGGCUUCGUUUCCUAGGAAGCCGAGGGCUUACGUACGUACCAUGAGAGCAUGCAGGAUGAGAAAGUUGGGGGUACAGUGAAGCACCAAUGUCCCUUCGCCCCGACUGCAGGGCAUCGCUCGUUUCUCGUUGCUCGCUCGCUCGAUCGAUCGAUUACAGAGAGCCGAGUGCAGACAGGCAGGCAGGCGUGACAAAGUGAAGCAGUGGUGCCAAGUGCGUCCUGCAUUCAUCAAUUCCUCAAACGCUCGCGCUCCUCCUCCUCCUCCUCCUCGAUGCAGCAGCGAAAAGACGUUGGAGCCCUGUGGCGAGGCACGAGGCACAAGAAUAGAGAAUUUGAGCAGACGCUCAGCAGAGCAGUUUGGACGGGAGGCGGAGACGGAGGGCGACAGUAGGUCCAGAGAAAUCAGUUGUAGCUAAAAAGGCGGCGGCUCGUCAUUAACACGCGCUGCUCUCAGGAAGCGAUGGUGAGACACAUUCUGGCGAGGACUGCAUGUAUGUUCAAGAAAAGGAUGGCAAGCGCCUUGAUUCACUAAUGGACAAGGCAAAUCUGUGGGUUCCACAGCGAGAAGGAAUAUUUGCACCAGACGUCUGCCAGAGGGCGCAUGGACCAAAUCCGGAUUGUGGGACUCUGAGAUUUUCUGGCAACCACAUCUCCUCUCAGACCCGACUUCAAGGCUCGCAGUUUCCACCAUUUGGGACCUCCUUCACCCCCCAUUCCAUCUUUGGCUCUCGCUGUACCUGGCAUGAAAAGACUCAGUACAGAAUUGAAUGGAAUAGCCUGAAUCCGCGAGCAGAGGGGAACAUUCACUCUGACUCCUGAUGGUUUCGGCCAGAUUUUGGCCUGCUCACCGCUAAGUCGCAUUCUGGACUUUUAUCCAUGGAACUCGAUAUUGACUCGUCAACAUGGUUAUGGAAAAAAAGCAAGACUACGUACCACUUCGGAUAAACGAGGUUAUUAUAUAAGUUCAUUCGUGCUUGCUUUCAGAGCCCAAUCAUCGCUUGGUUGCCAAAAUCACAGGAGGUCCCUAGAUCAGAUGGUAUAUUGGUGGUCAGCUGGUCAACUACUGCAGGAUAGACAUGUGUCUCCACUUAGGGCCAUGUCAGAACAAGGUUUUGUGCUGACUUUUACUGGAAUAAACUACUAGCGUCAUGCCAUAUACUGCGUUGGACAGAUGUCACGGCAAAAUUCACUUCUUUACUAGCAGUUCCAAGAUGCAUGAUGCAGAUGUAACGCCCACCAUCUGGUCUCCUCACAUAUCUCCAUUAACGUACGCUACGGUGUGCUAUAUCGGGUCCCAACAAAUUUCGACUUUCUCGAAAGGUUGCACAAAUUCCACAUCUACAGUGGAGAAAGUCAGCCAUCAAGCAAAGACGAAGACCGGAUUCAAGAUUUGGGACUAGCCACUGGGUUUGGCAACUGAUUGUUGUCCACAUGCUCCGUGUUCUACAAGGAGUCUGUCGAGGGAACAGGAUGCAUUUAGUGUGAGGGUAAACUACGACGUCACGACCGUAGACAGUGCAGACAGAUCGAAGAUGGUGCAACUUCAGACUUUCAUGUUUAAUAUUGCGAAAAUUCAAAGCCCAAUACUACCGACAGAUUCAAACUGUUAUGU